CAAUAUUACCAUUCUAAUCACACUUGAUGAUUUUCUUCUUUAUAUGGAACUUGCUUACAAACAACCCCUCUCUGUAUUUACAAUCACUCUCCUCCACCUUUUGUCACACUCUUCUUCUGUGGUGGUUGGCAAAUCAGCUUAGAGGUGCAUUGUCUUCACUCUCAUUGGAUGUGAGAACGCAGUAAGCAGUCCUGCUUCCCAAAUCGCUACCUUAGGAGGCAUUUGGAUUCGCUGGAUCAUGUGAGAAUCCAGCCCUGAUUGCUACAUCCCAUGCCCCAACUAUAUAGCAGAGACAAUAAGGGAUAAGUCCCACGGUGAAAACGGUCUGCUUACUGACCAGAGCAUCAGCGCUGCACUGAACAAAACAAACUAUACACCCCGAUUCCUUCUUGUGUCAUCGCCCGGCAGGAAAACGGAGGUCGUGGGGCUGGAGUGUGUGCUCAUGGCGGAGUCAGAGACUGAAUGUGACACACCCGGCCUUGACACGCUUGGGUCGGAGUGUGUCAUAGCCCACAGCCAUGUCGACCUGCAUUAUGGAGCAGAAACUGAGAUCAUGACAGAAGAAAAGCGUGGAUUGGAGCUGGAGAUCCAUGGCUCAGACUUAAAGAUCCAGGGACUGGGGACAGAGCUCGGAGCUGUAGCAUGCGUGGAUGCAAUUGUAGCCGAGUCAGACCACGAUUACAUUAAGGUGGAACAUGGUGAGAUGCACUGUUUCACUGGGGCAGAAAUCAAGACGACAGGAAGUGAGGCUCUGCUGGGAGAGGUGCUGCUUAAGACGGAAAGCGAGCAUGUGGUGAAAGUAGAGUCUGACCAUGGUGGGGAGUUGACAGUAGAGUCUGAGAAUGGUGUAAUUAUACAUGAAGCCCACGGUCUGCAAUGCAACGAAUGUGGAGAGAUUUUUGGCAGCAUAGCUGAUCUUCACCAACACUUUGAGAUCCAUAAAGACCUAAACCCUUACAUCUGUGUCCACUGUGGUGAGAGCUUUGCUGUGGAGGCCAGCCUCAAGCAGCACAUGAAGAUUCACAUGAAAGAAAAGCCCUAUGUUCCCCCUGGAGUUGAGAUAAUGGGGAAAGAUGUUAUUGAUGCCUACAGCCUGAAGUCUCAUCAAAUGAUUCAUUUGCCAGACAAACCCCACCGAUGCUCAGAGUGCGGUAAGAGCUUUGCUGCAGCCAUCACACUGAGAGAACACAUGAAGAUGCAUUCAGAGGACAAACCCUACAAGUGCACCCAGUGUAGGAAGAGCUUUGUCCGCAGGAGGCAUCUGAAAAAGCACCAGGAGGUCCAUGCGCGUGAGAAGCCAUAUACCUGCGGCCAGUGUGGCAAGGGCUUCGCUACAACUUCGAAUCUGAAGCAGCAUCAGAAGACGCACGCUGCAGUCGUGCUCGGAGACAAACCCCACAGGUGCGCACAAUGUGGAAAGUGUUUUGCGGCUGCUGCCACUCUGAGAGAGCACCAGAGGAUCCACUCAGGUGAGAAGCCAUACAAAUGCAACAUGUGUAGGAAGAGUUUUGUCCGCAAACGCCAUCUGAAGAAGCACCAGCAAGUCCAUGCCGGAGGGAAGCCCUAUACCUGCAGACAUUGCAACAAGGGCUUCAAUCACUCUUCUUCUCUCUCUCGCCACCACAAAACCCACCUGCAGAAUCCAGUGUUUUCUCCACCCCAGCCUGGGAAAACCAUGUCCUACGGCACCCCCCCGAAGCAGAGGGUGCACCAGCAGGGAGACAAGCCCUACAUGUGCCACCAUUGUGAUAAGGGUUUCAAUCAUUCCUCUUCCCUGUCCCGGCACCAAAGAGUCCACUCGGAGGGAAAGAGUUAUACCUGCACCCACUGUGGCAAAAGAUUCAAUCACUCCUCCUCCCUUGCUAGACAUCAGAGAGUUCACUUGGAGAACAAACAGCAACAGCAGCAGCCGCAACCACCGCAGCCGCAACCACAGCAGUACAGCACCAUUCCCACAGGGAAGGGAUUCCCUAACAACGCCUUUCCAAAACAGCGCAUCCUGUCAGUUGAAAAACCUUACAGGUGCUCCCAGUGUGGAAAAGGCUUUAACCAUUCAUCUUCCCUCUCCAGACACCAUAGGAUUCAUGUAGAUCAGUGAGCACCCUCUCCCUACCGCACAUGCUAUCCCAUGCAAGCGCAAACAUCCCAGCUCACCCCACCCACUGUUUCUGUUCUACCAAUGGUCCCAUCAUUGAUAUUGCCAUGCCACAGGAAACGUCAGGCCACCUUCUAUAGACAAGUGGUCAGGUCAGCACAUUGCUAUGUUGAAGUGGAGCAGUUGAGAAUAAAUGGACAGUAACGCUCAAGUCUCAAAAGAAAAUGGCUUGUCCUGAAGGACUGUGUAACCUAUAAUUCAGAGCUGAACCCAGGAUGAGAAGGGUAUGAUAAUAGAUUGUGAAGGAGCCUCUGUUCUUCUUUGUGAUUGUGCUACUCUUGCUCCAGGACCUCUUUUUUGAACACUUUUAAAAGGAAAAAAAAAACGUGAUUUGAAGAUCUACAUGAUGUAAGUUGUUACCUGGGGAAAAUAUGCUUCACCCUCUGGUUAGUCUUUUUGAUAGAAGAAUUCAGUUUAUGUACCUUCAGGUGGGCACGUGCUUUUCAGCUGCAACUUUAUUCAGUGCUAUCAACACAAUUGGUGAACAAGAACUGUUGUCUCAAUUUAAAUAGUUAAUUCUUUUUCACCAACAUAACCCAUGUGAAGCAAACAUCGAAAAUCCAAUGUAAAUACUUAUUGAUUUUCUUUUAUAUAUAUAUAUGUAUAGGUGACUAGUGUGCUGUUCCAAAAGAUUACAUUUUUGAUAGUAAUAUCCACUUUGUCUCCACCUUUUUUUUCUUUUUAUGACUUUAAUUUGUUUUAAGUCUUGGAGAUAAACAUGUUGCAGGUGUUCUCAUGCAGCUUAUUCUGGAAUUUGGGCUCCAUCAGACAUGAGCCAUCUUGUAUAUUUAUAAGGUUGUUUUCUUGUAUGUCUACGAUGGGUUAGCGCUGCUGCAUAGACUGUACAGAGAGCAAUACUGGCUUGACACCCUGAUUCUAUUAUGACAUGCAAUUUAGCCAUUAGGAAAUGCAUAAUAGAAAAUAAAAACCUACUGGGUAGCAUAUACAACA